AUGAAUCCCAAUAAUUUUGUGUCGAUUGAAGAAUCUGAUGGUUUUCAAAAUAUUGAACGUAAUAAUGGAAUAUUUGUUUUUAUUAUACAAGGAUUCUCUCCAUUUCUUAUUCAUGAAGAUGCUACAAAAAAAUUGAAAACAAUUAAGGAAUUCCCAGAGCUAAAUAUACAUGUUUCAGCAUUGAUCUUUGAUUUUAUUAAACAUCCAUUAAAUGCCUUUAUGUUAUAUCGAAAAGAAAAAAUGAAAGAUAAUCCAAGUAUGGACACCCAUCAAAUCUCAAAAAUCGCUAGGAAUGAAUGGAAUAAACUGCCAGAAUCUGAAAAAGCAUGUUAUAAGUUACAGUCCGAAAAGCUAAGAAUGCAAUUCAAAUCCAAAAACUUAAAAUGCAAAUAUAAAACAAGAAAACAAAAAUUACUUAAAAGUCUUUCAGUACUCUUUCAAUCAAUAAUCUAG